UUCCAGGCACCAGAAGAAAUGCAGCAGCUAGCUCAAAUCUGCUGGGAGUGCUGUGCUCUCCUGCGCAAGUACCAGGCCUUCCAGCAGCAAGUCAAGUGCUGCUACGUUGAGUUGCUUAUGUGCUUGCAAUCGAAUCCUUCAAUACAACCCACUCUAGCAAGGCCGUCCCACCUUCAAAUUCACAAGGACACCUCAAUAUCCAUCCCGCUCAUAGUCAAGAGUGAGUUUGAGGACGACGUGAAACUUGAGUUGAGUGACACUCACUGCGAGGAGACGUUCGUCGACGAGUUGAGUGAGGUCUGGCCGGAGAAGAAGGUGAAAAAGAAGAUAAAAAAGAAGGUGAAAUUGAAAAAGGUCAAGCAAAAGAAAGAAAUCGUACCCGACAGUGAUCCUGAGCCAACAGACUUCGACAACCGCGUCGCGAGUGAAGACGCCGAGUUUAAUGAGAAAAAGUGUGAGUUUAGCGAGAAGAACUGUGAGUUUAGUGAGAAAAACUGUGAGUUCGAUCAGAAAAAGUGUGAGUUCGGUGACAAGAAUUGUGAGUUCAAGUGCGAUCAGUGCGUCGGUGUUUUCAGCACGGAAAUUGAAUUGAAGAAACAUUUGGAAGAGCAUGUCAUCAGCGAGAAGGCGGAGGUGGGGCGAAAGCCUAAAACGCGCAACACCGAAGCCCUGCCGGAGCGGCCGCAGUGCGUCGAGUGCGGGAAGCUGUUCAGUUCGAGAAAGACCUAUAGAUAUCAUCUCAACGUGCUGCACAAGGGCCAGAACCGCUACCCGUGUCCGCGCUGCGGCAAGGUGUACCAGUGGAAGUCCAACCUGGGCCGCCACCUGCGGAGCCACAAGGCCCGCGAGUCCGGCGAGCUGUACUGCGAGAAAUGCGACAAGUCGUUCGCGUCCGUAGCGACGUACAGACAGCACGUGCGGGUGUCGCGCCGGCACGUGUCCGAGAGCGAGUUCACUUUCACGUGCGAGGAAUGCGGCAAGAAGUUCGUGAACAAGACGCGACUGCGGGACCACAUCGACUGGGAGCAUCUCAACAAGAUCAAGUUCAGGUGUCAGCUGUGUAAUAAGCCGUUCAAAUGUCACACGUCGCUGUACGUGCACCUGCAGAACGUGCACCGCAACAAGGAGAAGAAGGACAACCUGUGCCACGUGUGCGGCAAGUCGUACCAGAACGCGGCGAAGCUGAAGUACCACAUAGUGGCGAUGCACACGAGCGAGACCCCGUACCAGUGCCGCGAGUGCGACGCCGCCUUCGGCUGGUACUCCAGCCUCUACCGGCACGUGCGCGAGGUGCACUACAAGAUGAAAGUCCAACCGAAGAAAAGUAAAAAGGCGAGGAAGCAAAUGCAAGAGAUGUCGCUGCAUCAGCUGCCGGCCGGCGCGCCGCCGCCGCACACCGGCACCGACACCUAGCUCCCGAUAAUUAGGGACCCUAGAUAGCGGGAACCCUAAUUAGGGUUACUAUGUGUACUUUACAUGAAAACUCUAACUAGAGUAAUCUAAAUAAUAGUACACAAUAACCCUAAUUAGGAUUAUGUGUACUAUUAUUUAGAUUAUCGUGUAUGCAGUAUAUGUAAUUGCCCCAAUUAGUGUUUAUUUUUUUUUAUGCACAAAAUUUAAUGAGAAAUAUUUAGGAAUUAAAGAAUUUUUAACGCGGUUUCUUCAUUAUUUUAUUUAACCAGACGUUUCGAAAAUAUUUGAAUUAACUGCAUUUGUGAAAUGUGAAUUAAAUCUUAAAAGGAAGGGUUUUAAAGAAGAUGAAGUCAACAUUUUUAAAACAAUUAUUUUAUAUUUUAUAAGUAAAAAGGUCGGUUCCUAAUUAUAAAAUCUUGCCUUUGUAUUUUAAUUUAAGAUUUACAAACAGUAUUUGAUUAUGUUCUGGUCUUUAAAUUGUUCUUUUAUAGAUAUUUUGAUCUUAAAAAUAUAAUUGACCUACCUGUAAUGGAAUUCUCAUGAUAAUAUCUCUAUUAAUUUAUUGGUUUUUUGUAAAACGAUGAAUAAAAGUGUUUUUGAGUUUUGAGAAUGUAUUUUGUUUAAAAAAAAUGAUUUUUUGUCAGUUUAGAUCUAAAAUCGCCAUAUUGUAUUUGCUAUGAGUUGUGACGUCAUCAAGUUAUUUUUUCAAAUGAAUCAUUGCAAUCAGACUGAGAAGUAUUAUUAAGGUGUAGGUAUAAAACUUCAUUGAAUAAAUUUUGAUAU